AUAUUCGCUUUGAUCAGUCCUAAUUGAUAUUAAGCACAGUUCAAUACAGACUACACUUGCUUGAUACUCACAAUAUGGCUGGGAGUACUAUUUCAGGCGAACCUGGCAGCUCGCCCCAGUCGUCAAAGACUCCAGGAACAACAAACAGCAACACAAAAUCAGUCCAGGAUGCAGAAGAAGAGGCAAUGGAGAGGCGAAAAAAGGCAGCUGCAAAAGCUCUCGCUGAACAGUCCCGGUUGAGAGCAAAAUCUUCACAGAAAUCGACCUCUUUGGCGAAGAAUUCGAAGCUUCCUGAAGACAGCCUAGAGCCUCGAAAUAUCAGCCCCACCAAAUCUCCUCGCACAUCCCUCAGUGGAUUCGAUGCAGUACCUACAAGACCUGUCGAUUUGCACGCCGCUCCCAGUUCGACUUCACAGCCGAGUAUACUGCCUACAGCCUGCCAGGGCGAUAGAGCCUUACUCGAAGGGACCAGCUCCACCAACAAUUCUUCACAAGCAACACAUACAGACCCUACAACAAACAGUGCAGAGUCUACUGUAACCGUAGCUACACCUGCACCUGAGCCGCAAGCAACAGAUGUGCCUCCAAAGAAACUGUCGCCAAAUAACUAUGCAAAGAGAGAUGCUCGAUUCGAAGUUCAGGUUCUGUCAACGAAAGACGAAACGAUAAAACGCGAUGAUCCCAGCUACACGUCAAAGCAGAUGUUUCUUGAAUGGGAUGGCAUCGAUCGGGAAGCUUUAAAGGUUGUCAAUGGCGACAGAGAGUGUAUUUUGGUCGAAUUCAGCACUAUUCGGAGGAUUUCGUACAACCCUAUCGGCCAACGCCUUCAGCUCAUAUUCAACUCCACAGCACAAGAUGAGGCGCAGACAGUUGUCAUAGCUAUGAAUGCCCUUCCACGUGAAGAAUGGGUACAACUUCAGCAACUAUUCCGACAGGUGGAGAGAAAGUGGCGUGUUAGAUGUGAUCAGGAAGAGAUGAGCUUCUUCGAUGAUGCAAUAAAAUCUAUGAGAAAGAAGCCAUACAGGAAGAUGGAAACUCCUUACGUCGACAGAUCAAAUGCUUCUGGACAGAAAAUUGCAGAAAAGCUCACACAAGCACCCCGACGGCAGUCAGUUCCCAAAGCAUCCCGAAGGCAGUCAGUUGGACCAACCCUUAGCACCGCUGCCAAAAUAGCCAAGACUCCAAAAAAUAGAGUUGAGCGGCCAAAAGCGCACUUAUCAGUUGAAGUGAAAAACAUCAUGGCCGCCAAGGUUAUUGAUCAGCCGCUCCAGAUACCCCGUUUGUCGACGCCCUCAAAGCCUCCUUCUGUCACAAGCAGUCUUUUAUCCAGAACAAGCCAGUGUCCUCUAAAAGAAGGAGCCGAAUCCCCAAGAAACAUCUCUAGAGAUUACGGCAACAGAGACUCACCAACAAAACACGGUACUGGGACCCAAAAUAGAAGCCAAGUUCCACAGUCAUCGGCAAUUCUCAAGCGGGAUAUUAGCCCCCAUGGCCUUUCCAGUCUGUUUGGUUCCGACGACAGCGAGCAUGAUUUUUCAGGUUUUGAGCAGCCUGACAGGACUCCUUCGCAGCGAUUCAAGGAUCGGAUGAACGAAGCCAAAAAGAUUUCUAGCAGGCAACCAAAUGAGAGUCCAAAAAUUAGCCCUGGCCUCUUUGCUCAAUCGCCUGCUUCUACUCUGCGUGAUGGGAGCACUCAGGAGCCAGAGAAGCCAGAACAUGGAUUCGAAGCGUUCAUGGACAGUAUUCAACGUUCUAACCAAAUUGAGAAUGUCUUGAUCUCAUCGUCUCCGAAUAUAAGGCACAAAAGGAAUAGGUCGCCAUCGUCACCAAAACUACCACAGCUAUUGAAUUCACCGCCUGUCAAGCUAGUAGCCAAGGGCCUGCAAAACGCCGACAGCAUGGCAGAGUCCGAUCGCCCCCCAAAGAAACUCAAGGAGUCACAUGUGGCGUCAGAAAAUGAAACACGUUUUUAUUACCAGUGCAAAUCAGGUCAGGAUUUCCUUCUUCCAGUUGCUGUUGAUGAUACAGUUAUUCGUCUCCGAACGAAGAAAGAGAUGGAGGAAUCUGGAAAACAGUCAAAAUACGACGUUUUCGAUGGGCCUUGGAGGGUCCUUGGCAUCUCAGAAACAUCAUUCCCUCUCAGCCCUGACUUCUUUGAUCUUGAGGAGGAGGAUUCUGAUUCUACAGUAUCUCGACAAGCUAAGUGGGACAAAAUGCUGACUACUCAGAUAAAACUGAACUUCCCAGAGGGAUCUGAGGCAAAUCAAUGGGUGGAGCUCUCAAGGCUUCUUCCAGCCAUUGAUCCAAGUUAUAUAGUGACUGGAACGCCCAUUCCAUCAAGUUUGGAAGUGUCCACACAUGCGAGCUACCUUGGUCUUGUUGACAGACUCCGCAUCCAACCUUUGGCGCCAGGCUCCCACAAUUCGUUUGUGAAGAAGGUCUCAAGCGCAACAGUUGGCGAACUGCAUGUUGUGGAAAUCCGCAAAGGUAAAUUUGCUGUAUUUGUGGACAUCGAUCACAAAGCUAUAGGUGAUUCAUAUGAGGUUGCUAAGAUCCGGCAGAAGCGCCUUAGAUUAUACACCAAGGCUGAAGCCAAGCAAAUAGAGGCUACGCAAUACGAUGAUGACAAGUGGGUAAAGAGGCUUUUGAUGCAACAUGGCGAUAUUGCGCGAAACAAGAUCAUCGUUGACGAGUAUUUGUGCAGUUGGGCUGGGUGGGCCGUGGAAGAUCAGACUUGGGUUCCGAGGGGAAAUUUCGGCAAUGAUGAGCUCUUAAGACUCUUCGACGAUCAGAACGAUCCAUUCAGAGAUAUUCCUGGCGAUAUUGUCUUUCCUGUCGAAAACCUUGUCCACGAAGAUGAUUUAAAAAAGGCUCGAGCCUCACUGAGGAAGACUAAACCGCCUGGGAGUAGUUGUCAGUCAUCCAGGGCCAGCGCUCGAAGAACGAUUACGAAGCGUGGCACGGCAAGGCGAAGCACGAGAUGAAAUGCAACAUUUAUUACAGUCAUGAUCUGGUUAUCGGGCGCAAAAUCAGGAAGCAAAAUGCAGUGUUGGCUAUGAGUUGCUGGAUUCGAGCGAAGGCUUCCUAGGCACCCACCCGCGACGGCGUUCGCAAGGUCUCGUAAAGCAGUAGCUAUGAGGCGGAAAUUAUGACAGCUUGGAAGAUACAGUUUAAGAGAUAUUCUGAUCAGCUCAUAGAAUGGUAUCUGGUAGUGGUUUUUUUUACUAUGGGGAGCUGAUACCCGUUUGUUAGUUAUAUUGAGCAUUGCAAUUACACUGGGCCGUUUCUGAAAUCCACCGACGAAUUCUUCUUUAUUGGGAUCACGAACUGAGUAUUAGGUCAAAAGAAUACUCGGAGACCUAGUUCUUCAAAUCAUAAUUUCUCG